CUGGACGGUGCCUGUUACAAUGGCUGCAGCUGCAUUUCUGGUUUGCAUGCCCUGGUCAUGGUCCGGUCUCCUCCUCGUGUAUUUCGUGGAAAAGUUCGACACAACGAGGGAAAUGGCUUCAUGGCCAAAAACCAUCGCUGCUAUACUAAGCCAUCUUUCAGGCUUCGGCCAUGGAAUAUUCCUCACGUCCUCGACCAUAUACACACUCCUACAUUUCAGCAAGUACCGUGCCAUCGCAACGUCGUUUGUUUUCAUCGCAUUUGGUUUGUCAGCUGCCGUCAGCCAGUUCGUACUCGCCGGGCUGGUGGAAAUCUACGACCUGACUGGAGCACUGUUGUUGUACGGGGCAAUUCUCAUGAACUCAGUCGCGAUUGUCAUGCUGGUCAAAAUUCCUCCCACAUUCACACUCAGCUGCAAACGAAAGAGCCUCGAACUUCACGAAAAUGCACUUUCCACGGAACGGAGUCACAGAGCUACAAGCGAUGACAACGCACCUACCCAAAGCCCAGAAAGCCGAUGGUGCUCCAAUCAAACGGACAAAGCGGCCCAGCCUGAGAGCAGUACCUUGAAGCAUGUCCUGGCCCUCUUCAGCACGCCUUCAUUUUACGUUCUACUUGGAGCCAUCCUUGUUGGAGACUACACUUGCGUCGAGUUCCUGGCGACAAUCGUGGAUUAUGGAGUUGACAAAGGCUUCGAGCUUCGCAACGCCAAACAUUUGGUGACGUUCUAUUCAGCAGGCCAACUCGUAGGCCGUAUCGUAGUUCCAGUGCUAGCCGACUGUGUGCCUUUCACCCGCCGACCACUGUACGCGUUUAGCUUUGCGGCAUUUGGUGUGUGCAUGGUGGCAAUGCCACAAGUGACUUACAUUGCGCUAGUGGCAGCGUUAGCAACACUGGGGGGAGUUGCGCAGGGAUACAUCAUGUGCAUCCGGUACGUGCUUCUCGCGGAAUACCUGGGAGUGGAGAGGACGGCAGCCUCCAGUGGCAUCGUCGGCGUCGCCAUGGUGCCGGUGUCUUUGGUCAGCCCACUGAUCAUAGGACGAUUUCGGGAUGCAACAGGAUCGUACGACAACUACUACCGGCUCCUGGGAAUUGCCAGCUUUCUUGCGGCUCUUCUCUUCGGGGCACACAAUUUUUGCCAGACGAAAACCACAAGAGACGUUAACUCUCUUGCAUAAGGAGUUGGUGUCAUUGAACGACUGAGCGCCGUGGCAUGGUUCCAACGUUGGUAUCAACAUAUCCCACGUCGUGAAGAGCAAUCUGCC